UCUAGCCCGACAGUUCGAGUACGAAAAUAAGGCCAAACAAAAAAAAAAAAGAAAACCAAGAAGAAGAAAAACAGAGCCAGCAAGUGCCCGAAUCCGACGAAUGAAUCAUCUUCGGAUUUUUUUAUGGUCGUCAUACCGCAGAGUGAUUAAAUAUCACUCAUAGAACAAUGUUAAUGCCACGAUAUAUGGGCCUGAACGACAGCACUUCGUCGUCGGUCAAAAAUGCAUCCAGCUCGUCCUCGAGCAGCGGGAGCCCAGCCACCACGGUGGGCGCCCACACCACGGUGGCCGCCCACACGAAGAUGCGUCUGCUGAACAAAGUGGAGCACAACAUGCGUCAGAGCCAAGGUCAGAGCCAGAACAUCAACAGCCUCAUCAGCACGGCCGCAAGCGGUAAUGGAGUUGUGGGCGAUGUGGACGGCCUACUGAUGCCCAUGCGCAUUACAGAGCACCAUUCGCCGCCACCAGCAGACAUGCUGACGGGCCCAGGGGUUGGUGUGGGUGGGGCCGGGGCCAAGAACGAUGUUGUUGUCCACACAAACUCGCGGCCCGAGCGCAACCUGUGGAGCCGGCCCGAGAUGCUGGAAAUGCUGAGCAUCAUGCAGAACAUUAAUGCACUAGAGAGGCUGCACGAUCGGAAUACGAAGAGCGAGCACGUGUUCCGGCAGGUCGAGAUGAUAAUGCGCAGCAAGGGCUACGUGAAAAAGUCGAGCAUUCAGAUCUGGACCAAGUGGAAGUUCCUCAAGUCCACCUACAACACAACGACGCGGUAUGGCACUGGAGUGCCCAAGGUUGUGCCCGAGGAGGUCUAUCGCGUCCUCUGCCGCAUGUUGGGCGGCGGCGAUGGUCACAAUGUCAGUGGCAGCAUCAGCGAAUGCGGCAACUCCAUGGACAGCUCCAAGACGAUGGGCGAAGAGGAUGAAAUGGGCGUGGAACACCCCAUAUUUGGUUUUCGUCUGGGCCUCGUCAAACCGGAGCCAAUCGAUACAGGCUACGAAACAGCGCCGAAGGACGUGAUAUCCGAGCCAGACUUGGAAGCUUUCAACCACGAGGCGCUUGAUUGCGGGGAUCCCGACUACGUGCCCCACAUGCCCAUCAUUGUGUCGGUUAAGCACGAGCCCGAUAUGGACUUGGGCAUGGACGACACAAACACCCCGCCGCCAACGGCGCCAGCGUCGCCCACUCCGCCGCCAGUUAGCGUGGAACUAAACGCUGAUGAGGAUUCCAAUCACGUGUACACAUCCACGCCAACAAUGCCACCGCUGCGGGUGGCUUCAUUUGCCAAGGAUGAGCUGAAGAGGCCCACACGCGGCAUUCUGCAGAUCGAUCGUCCGCCGCCGUCCCUAACCCAAAUGGGACCGCUUCCAGGGCAACACGACAAGUUGACUCGCUCGAUGGCACUCCAGAGCACGAGCAGCAUCAACUUUGUGCAUCCCACCAGCAAGCUAAUGCUGCCCCGGAAGCAGCCCGGGCGCCUGCCACGUGAGAUCAGUGUCCAGCCGGCGGGCAUGCGCCUCAAGUCGGUACCCAUGCGAGAGACAGGCUAUUCGCUGCGCCCCGAGCGCAUGAUUCCCGAUCUGGGGCAUUCGAUCUCGCCGCCCCAUUCGCCGACGCCAUCGCCCCCCAUCUACUCGCAAAGCACGUUGCGUGGGCCGCCUCCUAGGUACCCCAUGCCACCACAGGCGGAAUCCAUCAGCCGCCAGUCCCAAUUUCAGUCGCAGCAGCAGCCACAGCAGCGGAAGCGGCGCAUGGGCCAGAGCCAGGGCCUGGCCGCACCCCCAGUGCCUGUCAAGCUGCAGCGGAGCUCUAAUGUCAUCGAGUCAACGCCCAAGAAUUCCCGUGCUGCACCCCAGCCCGAAGCUCGGUCCAUGCCAGAGGACGUUCGCAACUCAAAGGAGGAGCAGAAGGAGCGGCGCAAGCGGCAGCAUGAGGAUCUGUUCACCAAGGAGCUCACCCACCUGGCCAAUGGCAUGCGGAAUGCGCAGAAGGAAAUGCUCGAGGACUUCUUCAAGCAGCAGAGGAAGUUCGCCCGGAGCGAGCACCUUUUCCAGAUGAAGCAGGACUCGAUGGUGAUGACGGCACUGCGCAAGCAGACUGAUGCUCUGCUGCAAGUCGCCAACGAGCUGAUAGGGGACAACGCCCCGCCCAAGAUGGAGAAGGUCAAUCGUGAGACUAUUACCGAGGAAAAAACUGAAAAGAAAGAAGAUAAAACUGAGGCAAGCGAAGACAAAGCUGAGGAGAACGAAGAUGGCGAUGGUGGGGAUUCGGAGAACGAAGAGGAUGAGGAAAAUGAAGAUGAAGAGGAUGAGGAAGAGUAUGAUGAUGAGGAAAACAUGAACUUUGAGAGCGAGUUGGACAUGUGCACAAUGGCCAUGUCCGAAUCGGCCAAGAGCCACAGCCUGGAUGAAUCCAGCCAUGGCGACGCUCACAGCGAGGCCGAGUAGUAGUAUAUCCACCCCCCGUAGAUUCCUAGUAUUACCCCCAAAAAUGAUAUAUAGUUUAGUAGAAACCGAUUCAUUCCAAUCGCAUUCCUUAAGUUUACACCCACCCCCUCCUAAACACUAUAUACAUAUUCCUAGAGCCAGGCCCGCGCAUUGUUAAAAGACUUGAUAAUAUUUAAGCAUAAAGAAAUAAUGAAACGAGAAGUAAUUAUAAUUUAAAUGUAUUUAUUGUUCACCGAUUGUCCGUGCCACAAGCAUGGAUCAUCCAAAGUGCUGUAAGGUUAUUGAAACAACAAACACAUACACGCCACACAUAAACGAUACACCACAUAAGUAUGAUAAAGAAUACAUUAUGAAUGAUAUGAUAUUAUCAACAGAAGGAAACAAACCAAUCUUUGUUUAUAAUU